AUGAAGGUACUGGGACAUGUAAUAUCAACGAUAUUGCUUACCAUCUGCACUUUGCUCGAACCAGUUUUAUCAGAUGUGCGGUUGACGGCUCCUUCGUCUGGGAAGUCGUUUUCCCCGUCGGGCGGGAUGGUAACGAUAGAAGUCACUUGGGAUGAUGAUGGAAAUGACCCAGCAAUAGGAAAUAUACAAGAGUUGACAUUCACGUUAAUGACCGGUACAAAUGACAAUAUUCAACGGGUGGCAGCCCUGGGAAAGGUUGAAGGUGAAAAAAUUCGUGAGGAAAAAUAUGCAGCCACAUUCCCGAGCACUGUUGGGAAGAGCGGCUUCUAUUUCAUUCAGUUAUAUGCUAAGGCAGAUGGUAGUGCUACGAUACAUUACACGCCUAGAUUUUUGUUGCAAAGCAUGACGGGUACUCUGGAUGCAAGUAGCACCGGUACCGAACCUCCUCCCCCCCCAGAAGUUGUGCACGACAAUCCCGGGGACAUAUCUAAGUCAUUCUCAAUUCCAUACACUUUACAGACAGGGCGUACAAGGUUUGCCCCAAUGCAACUUCAACCAAAGGCGAAAGUAACGGCUACACAUUGGAACCAGCGUUUCCCAUCCAGUCAAGUAAGUUAUUAUUCUUCUAUUAAUCAAGGCUUAAGUCAGCUGACUACGAUAACUCCAGGAUGGUCCUAUAAUAUUCCUUCAGUAUGGAAUCUUGCGACACCUGCGCCCUUUCCCGCAGAUAAUGGAGCGUGGUAUGAAGCUCAAUCACGGCUAUCGCUACUGCCCAGAAAGAUAAAUGCCGCUCAUAUACGGGCUGCCCAAAUGAUGGCUACUGCAACUGCAUCCCCCUAG